CACAUCUCACAACAUCAACAUAUAUAUCCCACUACAUACCAUAUGGAUUGGAUAGGAUCAUACCGUGGACUUGGAGGGCAGAGAGGCGGUGAUGAGUGGCGUGACCCUUUCUAUGCAUCCCCAUUCACCGGCUUGUGGGACCCUUCUAACAACUACUAUGGCGGCGGUGACCAAACUUCUGCUCUUUCCCAUGCUCAUCAUUCAUAUAGCUAUAUGAAAGAUAAAGAGGGAGCAGCAAUAGGAUGUGUGAUAGGAAUAAGUGCAAUGGUAUCUCGGAUGAGGAAAGAGGAUCUCAAGGUGCAAGUGGAAGACUGCAACGUACUCCAGAUAAGCGGGGAGAGAGUCAAGGAGACUGAGGACACCAACGAUAAGUGGCACCGCGUGGAGUGCCGCCGAGGAAGCUUCACGAGGCGGUUCCGCCUGCCGGAGAAUGCCAACUUGGACAACGUAGAUUGCACUCUGCGGGAUGGAGUGCUGACUGUGAAUGUGCCAAAGAAGGUGGAGAGUGAGUCGCAGCAGAAUAAGAAUGUGAGGCAGAUCCAUGUGGCCUAGUUGUCCUGCAAAUUUGAUCGGAGUAUAUAUGUUUUUAUAUCAAGAUCAUAGUUCACAUUCCAACUUGUUUUGUGUGGUAUUUUAUGAUAUGUAUGAAUAUUCAGAGUGGCGUUUUUGGUUUA